CUACUAUUGAAAAACAAGAUAGCUAAAAGUAAGGGAAAAAGAAAAGCUGCGGAAAUGGAAAAUAUCACCAACAAAAAAACUCAUGUUUUAGUUCUUCCUUCCCCAGCACAAGGCCACAUAAACCCAAUAGUUCAAUUUUCCAAAAUUUUGGCAUCAAAAGGAACUAAGGUGACAAUUCUCACCAUAGAUUUUGUUUGUAAGGCCUUGUUAUUGGAUUGUGGCCCAUUAAUCAACAUUGAGUCCAUUCAACACGGGCCAUUUCCACAAGAAAGUGUUGACAACUUUCUUGAAUGGUUCCAAUCACUUAUUUUGGAAAAAUUCAGAGCUAUUAUUGACAAAUUUGCUAAUUCUGAAUACCCUGUGAAAGUUCUUGUUUUUGACUCACUAAUCACUUGGAUUAUUGAUUUAGCACAUCAACUAGGCCUAAAAGUGGCUGCAUUUCACACACAACCUUUUGCUCUUUCUGCCAUAUACUAUCAUAUUGAUCAUGAAGAUACUAGUAAAAUUCCUUUUGAUGGUGAUGAUGUUGUUAAGUUGCCUGCAAUUCCCUUAUUGGAAAAAGAAGAUUUGCCUUCUUUCAUCAUUGAGAGUGAUGCAUAUCCAACUGUGAAAAGACUUGUGUAUGGCCAGAACUUCAAUUUCAAGAAAGCAGAUUGGCUUUUGUUCAACACAUUUGACGUGUUGGAGGAGGAGGUGAUCAACUGGUUAGGGACCCAAUAUAAAAUAAAAACAAUAGGGCCACUUGUUCUGUCAACAUAUCUUGACAUAGAAUAUGGCUCGAGUCUCAUCAAGCCUAAUUAUGAAACUUGCAAGAAUUGGCUAGACUCGAAAGAAAUUGGCUCAGUUGUUUAUGUAUCAUUCGGAAGCUUGGCCAGUCUUGGAGAACAACAAAUGGAAGAAGUAGCUUCGGGAUUGAUGAUGAGCAAUUCCUACUUCUUGUGGGUUGUUAGAGCUACCGAAGAGAACAAACUCCCCGAGGAAUUCAUGUCCAAGGCAAAAGAAAAAGGACUAAUCGUGAAUUGGUGCCCUCAGCUCGAUGUCUUGGCUCAUCCAGCCGUUGGAUGUUUCUUUACUCACUGUGGAUGGAAUUCGACGCUGGAAGCACUGAGUCUGGGAGUGCCAAUGAUAGGAAUGCCUCAGUGGGCGGACCAACCAACUAAUGCAAAAUAUAUUACGGAUGUAUGGCAAGUAGGAAUUCGAGUUAAGGUGGGAAAAGAUGGGGUAAUUACAAAAGAAGAUGUAGCAAGUUCCAUAAAGGAAGUCAUGGAGGGAAAGAAAGGAGUAAUUCUCAAAGAGAAUGCAAUUAAAUGGAAAAAAUUGGCUAGGCAAGCCGUAGAUGAAGGAGGGAGUUCUGACAAGAAUAUUAAGGAAUUUAUUCAAGAUUGUAAUGCAUUAAAUUGAGCAACAGAUUGAAAGAACAUAUGCAAUAUGUUUAACAAGUGCUUCUGAAUUUUUAGAGCAUGUUUGGCCUUUGUACCCAACGUAUAUCAUUAUGUAUUGUUUUUAUUAAGUUGAAUUCUAUUAUUUUAUUGAUAAUAAUGUUUGGGUAGAUUGUAUUUA